AGGCUGCGACGGAACACUCGUUCUGAGCUGAACCACGCUGGGCUCCCUUCGCUCUGAGUGACAAGCUGGCGAAGGACAGCCCACAGCCUCAGCCAAGUUUAGAAAGUUAGAGAAAGUCGAAGUAGCUGCAACAAUGAGGAUCGGGUGUCUGCUUAAAGCCACAAAGUACCAGCUCCUGGGCACCAGUUUCACCGUCAUGUUCCUUGGAGUUGCAGUUGCUGCAAUGACCUUGUGGAUCUCCUGCAGUGAUGAGUUUAUUGUUAUCCGCAGUAUCACCAUUGAAACCAACCGAUACGCUAGACUUCAUGAUCUUGCUGCAUACAGUGGCCUGUCCACCAGUGUCUUUCUCGCUCUCCUGGGAAUUAUCUGUCUGAUUGGAAUCAUAAAGGAAUCAGAAUACUUGCUCAGUGUGGUACUGUUCUGUUUUGCUCUCCUGUUUUGUGGAGUGGUACAGAUGAUGUAUUGGAGGUCUACUUAUAAGCAGCUGGUAGAGAAUGCAGUGAAGGACGUGUAUGAUUUUCUAUAUGAUGAUUUCACAAGAAACAGCUCCGAUCAUUCAAAACAGGAUUUGAUAGCCAUUCACUCAACAUUUCUUUGCUGUGGAAAAAACUCAACAUUCAGCCACUACAACCCUGUUGAGAAUGAAACGUGCUUUGCAGAAGGCCCUCCUCUAAAGGAUUGUCUUCAGGCAGUGGAGGAUCAGAUCACUGGCCUCAUGGCUAUUGUUGAAGCACUGAUGGUGUUGCUGGGAAUUGUCACGGUUUAUGGAAUGAUCCUUGCUGCCUUCCUCUGCUUUGCUGGUUGCUUGACCGUGAGUUGGCACACGAAAGGGAAGUACAAGGUGGCCAACAGUAGUGAGCACUGAGCUGGAAUCAGAAACUAGGAGCUGGUUGGACAGAAAGAAACACCCUGUGAACUGAGCUUUCCUGAUACUGUGAAAGAUGUCUCCCCUCUCAGAUUUCAGAUUCUCUUUGCACUGAAGUAUCUUACAUUCUCAUUCUGAAGGAAGGCAAAUGAAUGCAUAUCUACUUCACUCAAUCUAUUGUGAGCAAAUCCCCAGAUCUACCUUCUCUCUCCACUGCAUUGUGCCUGCAGAUUCUGCUUUUAAAGUGCACUAUGCUUUGCAUCAUGCUGUUGUAGCAAGAAACUUUGAUAUUGUGAUUCUGCGACUAUGUGAUUCCUUUUUAAAAAUAUAUAAUUUUAAAACAAAAUGAUUUUAAAAAUGAA